AUGCCUUCUGGACUCUCAAGUAUUACUAGCAGAGCAUGUUUGAGAGUUGAGAUUGUAUUUGAAGAUCGAGUAUAUGUGAUCGAUCUGAUUUGCAUUCCUAUGAAAGGGAUUGAUGUGAUAGUUGGCAUGGAUUGGCUAGCAGCUAAUAAUGCUACGCUAAACUAUGCCAGGAAGUUAGUGUCUUUGCCGGUGUCGUUGGCAGGGACUAAUUCUACUGAGCAACUUAGGCUUUUAUUAGUUAUGCGAGAUGAGAAGCUAGUUAACCAAGGGUGUGACGCCUACAUGGUAGUCUACAUGGAUAGUAAUAUAUAUGAUGGGGGUAUUGAGAAGAUUAGAGUGGCAAGUGAAUUUCUCAAGGUAUUUUCUGAGGAGAUGUUUGGAUUACCUCCAAAAAGAGAAGUUGAAUUCUCAAAGAUUUGGUACAGAACCAAUUUUUAA